AUGGAUCUACGCAGCGGUGCCUCGAAAAGUGCUAAUGGGCAGAAGCAAGGCGAGCCAGGAUCGAAGGAGUUGCAAGAGCAAGUGGAGGCCAUCACGAAGUCGAGCCGGAUUGCUGAUGGCAUAAAGAAGGUGAUUACUGCGAUCACACGUGAGCUUCAGUCACUUUGCUUGGAGAAUAUAGGGCUGAGGCAAGAAUUAGUUUGUGUUCGCAAGUUAGUGCCUCGUGAGUCGCCACCUGUCAGUAGUGUUGAUACUACGUCAGAAGAUUGGGGUCUAACCGUCUGGUAG